GAGGGGAGGGAGCGGAGGCAAAGUGGGAAAGGAGUAGCGGAGUUGACGGAGCGCAGAGGUGGCCCCUGCGCGGCGCGCUCCGUGGCGGCGCAUCCCGGCCCCCGCGCGGGACGGCGGAGGACCCAUGUCGCGCCGCGGCGGGGCCCGGGCCCCGGGCGGGAAUCCGGCAUCUGGCGUCUCGAGCCGCGGGGCGUCUGAGUUGCGGGCCACGCGGGAGUGACGGUGGCACGCCCGCGGGUCGUUAUGCGGACGGAGCAAAAAUGACCGGCAAACGGAAACCCUUCCAAACGCAGCUCAGGAGGUCAAUCAGUGAGCAGCUGCGGGACUCCACGGCCAGAGCCUGGGAUCGGCUGUGGAAGAACGUCCGGGAGAGGCGGCUGGCAGAAAUUGAGGCAAAGGAAGCAUGCGACUGGCUCCGUGCUGCCGGGUUCCCGCAGUAUGCUCAGUUGUACGAGGACUCACAGUUUCCCAUCAACAUUGUGGCUGUCAAGAACGAUCAUGAUUUUCUUGAAAAGGACCUUGUAGAACCUCUUUACAGACGACUAAAUACGUUGAACAAGUGUGCCUCAAUGAAACUUGAUGUGAACUUCCAAAGGAAAAAGGGUGACGACUCGGAUGAAGAGGACCUGUGCCUCAGCAACAAAUGGACUUUCCAAAGAACCAGCCGCCGCUGGUCUCGCGUCGACGACCUCCACGCGCUGUUUCCUGGAGGAGACAGGGACGGGUCGUCGGGAGACGUUAGGAUGCGAAACACCACCAGCAGUGAGAGCGUCCUCACGGAUCUGAGCGAGCCCGAGGUCUGCUCCAUCCACAGCGAAAGCAGCGGCGGGAGCGACGGCCGCGGGCAGACAGGCGGCCCGGGCGCCGGCCGGGAGGCGUUCGAGGGCCCCGGGCAGUUCUGCGCCGACGGCCCGGCCAUGCUGGACGCGGCGCUGGUUGGCAGCGGCCUCCCUCAGCCCCCCAGGGACCUCGACCAGCCCCUCUUCCACCCAAAGAACGAGAAGCCCCGGACCCGAGCCAGGUCGUUUCUGAAACGCAUGGAAACGCUGCGGGGGAAGGGAGUGCAGGGAAGGCACAAGGGCCUGGGGCGGGCGGGCGGCUUGGUGAUCAGUGGGCCGGUGCUGCAGCAGGAGCCCGAGUCCUUCAAGGCCAUGCAGUGCCUCGAGAUUCCAAACGGAGAGCUGCAGACCUUGGGCCCGGCCGCCGGCCAGAAAGGGCCCCCGGGCUCCAGCAAGUGGAGCGGUGAGAGCAGCCCGUCGGAAAACAGCAGUAGCGGGGUGAGCAUACCCGGCCUGAAGGAGCGCAGGUGCCAGGAGGCCAACAAGCGCGGGGGCAUGUACCUAGAGGACCUGGACGUGCUGGCGGGGACAGCACUGCGGGCCGCAGGGGACCAGAACCACGCCCAUGAGUUUCACUCCCAAGAGAACCUGGUGGUGCAUGUUCCCAAGGACCACAAACCGGGCACCUUCCCCAAGGCGCUCUCCAUCGAAAGCCUGUCGCCGACGGACAGCGGCGGCGCCGUCAACUGGAGGACCGGGAGCAUCUCCCUGGGCAGGCAGCCGGGCCCUGGGGCCAGGGAGCCCAGGCUGGGGGCGGCCUGCCACACAAGUCGCGUCAGCGUCUACGACAACGUCCCCAGCUCCCACCUGUACGCCAGCACCGGCGACCUUCUGGAGCUGGAGAAGGACCAUCUCCUCCCUCACUUGGACGACAUCCUGCAUCACGUCAACGGGCUCCAGGAGGUGGUGGAUGACUGGUCCAAAACCCUGUUCCCUGAUCCGGAGGCGCACAGCGCCCUGGCCGGAGAGGCUGGCUUCGGCCCCUUCCCUCCUCACCAGAUCACCUUGGAUUUCGAAGGCAAUUCUGUCUCUGAAGGUCGGACGACACCCAGCGAUGUGGAAAGAGAUGCCACGUCGCUUAGCGAAUCGGAGGCCGCUGGGGUCAGAGAGAGGAGGGAUUCCGGGGUAGGGGCCUCCCUGACCAGGCCCAGCAGGCGACUCCGGUGGAACAGCUUCCAGCUCUCGCACCAACCCCAGCCAUCCACGGCGUCGCCCCACGUCAGCAGCCAGACCGGCCAGCUGAACCUGCUGCAGCGCCUCUCGCUGCUCCGCCUCACGGCCAUCAUGGAGAAGCACUCCCUGUCCAACAAGCACGGCUGGACGUGGGCAGUUCCAAAGUUCAUGAAGAGGAUGAAAGUUCCCGAUUACAAAGACAAGACUGUCUUCGGCGUUCCUCUCAUCGUCCACGUCCAGCGAACGGGGCAGCCCCUGCCGCAGAGUAUCCAGCAAGCCCUGAGGUAUCUGCGCAGCAACUGCCUCGAUCAGGUGGGCCUUUUUCGAAAGUCAGGCGUGAAGUCGCGGAUCCACGCCCUGCGGCAGAUGAACGAGAGCUUCCCCGAGAACGUCAGCUACGAGGACCAGUCGGCUUACGACGUGGCGGACAUGGUGAAGCAGUUCUUCCGCGACCUGCCCGAGCCCCUGCUCAGCAGCAAGCUCAGCGAGACCUUCCUCCACAUCUACCAGUAUGUCCCCAAGGAGCAGCAGCUGCAGGCAGCGCAGGCCGCCGUCCUGCUGCUGGCCGACGAGAACAGGGAGGUGCUCCAGACGCUGCUGUGCUUCCUCAAGGACGUGGUGGACCUGGUGGAGGAGAACCAGAUGACGCCCAUGAACCUGGCGGUGUGUCUGGCCCCCUCCCUCUUCCAUCUGAACUUACUGAAGAAAGAAAGCUCCCCCAGAGUCAUCCAGAAGAAGUAUGCCACCGGGAAGCCGGACCAGAAGGACCUCAGUGAGAAUCUGGCCGCAGCUCAGGGGCUGGCCCACAUGAUCGUGGAAUGCAACAGGCUUUUCGAGGUCCCGCUGGAGAUGGUGGCCCAGUCUCACAACUCAUAUGCAGAGGCUGAGAUCCACCCUCCGACUCUGGAAGACCUGGGGACCCAGCUGGAGGAGAGUGGGGCCACUUUCCGCACGUACCUGGAGCAUCUCGUCCAGGGCCUCCAGAGGGAGGCCAAGGAGAAGUUCAAAGGAUGGGUCACAUGUUCCAGCGCAGACAACACAGACCUUGCCUUCAAAAAGGUGGGAGACAGGCACCCGCUGCGGCUGUGGAAGGCGUCCGUGGAGGUGGAAGCGCCCCCCUCGGUGGUUCUGAAUCGCGUGCUCAGGGAGCGCCACCUGUGGGAUGAGGAUUUUGUGCAGUGGAAGGUGGUGGAGACUCUGGACAAGCAAACCGAAGUCUACCAGUACGUGCUGAACAGCAUGGCGCCCCAUCCUUCCAGAGACUUCGUGGUUCUCAGGACCUGGAGGACAGACCUGCCCAAAGGGAUGUGCACGCUGGUGUCCCUCUCCGUGGAGCACGAGGAGGCCCCGCUCCUGGGCGGCGUGCGGGCCGUGGUGAUGGACUCGCAGUACCUCAUAGAGCCCUGCGGCUCGGGCAAGUCACGGCUGACCCACGUCUGCAGGGUGGACCUGAGAGGUCACUCCCCAGAAUGGUACAACAAAGGCUUUGGACAUCUGUGUGCGGCGGAAGUUGCCAGGAUUAGAAACUCUUUUCAGCCCCUCAUUGCUGAGGGUCCAGAAACUAAAAUCUGAGUUUUCCCCGGUGUGACACAAACUCAGGGAAGAGGAAGCGAGAGUAAACACUUGUGGGAGAGACCGGGCUCGUGAGCAAGCAAGGGAGAGCGCGGAACGGAGAAGGUGAGCGCCUCAAGACGGAAGCACAGAGAAGCUGGGCGAGAACUUUGGAGAACUUUCCUAGCCUUCCUGGAGACGGCUAAAUCCCUACUAAUAUAAUAUUUUAAAAAAUCAGAACAUUUAUCUAUGUUACUUAAAAUUAAAUGGAUUAUUCCUUGUGCAUUGCCUAAUUUGCUAUUUAAAGGCUUCUAAGAAGCAUAUUCUUAACUGUAAAUAAAUGUACAGCAUAUGUACAUGUGUAUAUAGCUCUAGCCUUCUGUAUAUAUGUAAAAUAUCAAUGUGUAUAUUAUUGCCUAUUUUGAAAAGGAACGCGUCUGACUCGGUGAGUCCCUUCCUCACGUGGUCUUUCCAAGUUGCUCUGGGCCCCCUUUCCCCGCAGUCCUAUACGCUCUGCAGAAUUUACUGCGAACACCAAAGUGUGAAACUAUUUUUCAGUCUGCCCUGAUAUUCUACCAAAGAUAAGCCAACCAAAGGAAAGUAACUUAAAUGGUUCUGACAUGUUGUCAGUUUGUCUGUGUUAUUUAAAACAGAGAGGCGUCUUGGAUAAAAUCGCGGAAGACGACUUCGUCCUCUUUAAAGCAAAGACGUGGGUGAGACGUCCUUACCAAAUUUAAGGCUUGAUGGCCCGUUGCCACGGGGCCAGCAGACAGACACAGUUUCAGGGAGAUGUCAGAUGACCAUGGACCUCUGGAGUCAGCGCCAGCGACUGAAACAGAACCACUACGUCCCUGCUGAUUAGAGCUGCAUAUAAGAGCCUCUGCAUGUUCACAGCCAAAGGGAGCCUCUGCGAUUCAUGGCGUUUUCAUCGAUACACUUCAUAGUGUUCUUAAAUGUCGUUCUCUUUGGCCAGUGGCCUGUGUGGUCGCAGCUGACUGGCAUUUUCUUCCCAAUGUGUUGCACUGAAUUUAAAGGGAGAUGAUGGCCGUAAGUCCUGGACCAUUAGAGCUGCAGGGAGGUCUAACAUCGCAUGUAUGAUGCUCUUAAUUCAUGAGAUCUGCAGUCAGAACGUUAAGACCAAAACUCUGUUCUUCAAUUCGUUUUUAAAAAUAGGGUUGUUAAUUUCAUGUUUCUUCUAGCCAGUCAGCUACCGAUGCAUUUGACCCAACCUUAUCUAUUAGUGUACAGACUAAGCAAACUGACUCUCCUUAACUAAUUGCUAAUGGAUUAAGUUGGUUUUUUAUUGUAAUUCAACAGCCGUACAGGGCUUUUGCUAUGUUUGAUAUCAGGGAGAGAUCGAUAUCCUAAUUUAGCGAUUGUGUUGGAGGCAAAAAAAAAAUGAGUGAUUUCCUUUUUUUUGUAUUUUAUGCAUUUAUGUCAUGCUUUCUCUUAUCCGUAAUGUGCAAUUCUUUUGAGAGGAAUAAAAGUGCUAUAUAUAGUUCUAUAUGGUACAAGUAAAAUCAUACUAUUUGAAUUAUGACCUAGGAAUUUUUGGCUUCCUUGCCUACCUAAGAAGGUGGUAGCAAACCCAUAAUUUUCUAUUUCGGCGGCAGUGCUCUGUGAGCAAAAUAAAUGCACUUCUGGCAUAUAUCUUCAUUUAGCCAUAUAUGCCGAGUACAUUAAUAUGCACAGAUGAGAUUGGUGGAUUUGAAUCUAGCUUCACGCUGGUCCUGCUCCAUAGACGGGGCGCUAUGUUUCUGGAAAUAUGACAGGCACACAGGAUGAAUGGUGGUGUGUCGCCUAGAACAGGAAAGCCUUAGCAGCACAUGGGUCACCUGGAGAUCUUGUGACAGUGAGCCUCUGAUUCCGAGUAUGAGAUGGGCCUGAAAUUCUGCAUUCUGAACAGCUGCCGGGCUGUCCAGGCUGCCAGCCCGAAGACCACACUCUGAGAAGCUAGGACCUAGGGGAUACUUAGAAUAAAAACAAACAUGACUGUAUUUCUGACUCCCCUCCUCUUCACAUUACCUGACUUUUUAAUUUUUAUGCACAUGCUAAUCACAUCACUCCUGCAUUAAUAACACAGGGCAUCUUUUUUAAAAAGGGGGGAAAGAUGCAUCGAGCUUGUUUGUCAAAUACUACAGUAUUUUACUCAUUGUUAUCUUGCCAAUGGAAAUGAAAUAUGAUAUUGCCUUUAAAUAUUAUAUUUAUACCUCAUGUAUAUUUUUUACCUCAAUUGUUGGUAUCAAUCAUCAAUUGUAAAUAAAUAAUUGCCAAGGCAAAUAAAUUUAUAUCCAUUAAAUAUAUCCUUUCUUUCCUAUAAAA